AACGAUAAUAAGAAAUGAUGAAAGGAAGCUCACCAGAUCAAGGUGGACCUGACUUUAGUGACCUUCCCACAAUUGUUUGGGUCAACAUCUUGGACUACCUUGACCUAAAUAAUAGGUACCAUGUUUCAGUCACCUGUUCAAGACUUAAUGAAGCGUUUAACCAUCCUACUUUAUGGCGGAAAAUGAAAUUAUUCGUACUGGGAAACAAUGAAAACUAUGGUUUUUAUAACCAGGUGGUGAUACCAGCCAAAAGCAUCAAUCUUGUCAAACAUUUUGGAAAAUAUUUCCAAAAUUUAACUUUUGUUAUUAGUGGACAUUUGGAUCAAGACUUUGGUAAUUGGAAUGAUCUCGUAGAGGAAGUUUCCAAAGAAUGCAGACUGGAAACGUUAACACUGUACGCAGGAGUUUUAACGUCAAUCCGUCAUUUUGCAGGGAAUCGAUCCUGCAGUCGAAAUUUGAAACCACUUGUAAAUUUUGUGAAGAAUGCAUUUCGCUUGAAAAAUCUGAACAUUGUUUCCUGGCCUAUGUUUCCUCGAAACUUGGAAAAUCUUGAUGAAAACAUCUUCGAAGCAGCCAUGUUAAACCCUAAGCUCAAAGACUUGGAACACAUGAGUUUGUUUUGGUCUAACACUAAUGUAUGGACAGAAAGACAACCAAUCCUGCUCUCUCCCAGAGAAACGGCGGACUUUGUCGGACAUUUCAACAAUCUGAAACAUUUAGCUCUGCGUUCACCUAUGAUGGACGAGAAUCUCUUGCAAGUUCUAUCAUCCAAACAGAGACAAACAUUGAAACGUCUACAAAUACUUGUCAACUACAUACCAGACGAUCCAGAUUUCGCAAUACCUGAAAUUUCCGACAAGGCUUGGGAAUGUUUUUGCUUGAAGAACGUUGGCGUAGAAGUGGAAAUAACGGUUAUGUCUCGAGUCCCUCUAGUUGAACUUUCAAAUAUAUUAAAACCUUCUUGUCCAGUUUCUGUCACGAAAUUUAUGGCGUAUUCUCGUUGUGACGAAAAUGUCGUUCAAUAUGUUACUGAAAAGUACAAAAACACACUCCAAUGCUUCGAGUCAUAUGGAGAAGACUCAACUUUUGAAAACGAGCUUGUAAGCAUGGUAGAAAAGUCACCAAACCUUCUACAACUUCUAUACCGUGGAAGGAUCAGCUGCGAAAAUGUAGAACGGUUGGCGGCGCUUCGAUCAAAUUCAUGGAUGACCUUCAAUUUUCUAAAGGAGAACAUAUUUGUAAAUAAUACUGAGGAUCCGUAUGAUGAAGAUCAAGUGAUUGCGAAAGGCCCGGAUGGAAAAUAUGUCCUUGUGGCUAUGCUGAGGUUUCAUCAAAGAGAACAAAUGCAAAGUGAGCACGAUAUUAGAAAACAAGAAAUGAUUGAUACCGUGUCGAAGUAUUUGGGAUAUAAAUGGAGUCCCACGCCUAAGAAAAUUCAACAGGGGGCACAAAAUUGAAAAUACAAUGUACAUGUAUCAUCAAUUUAUUUAGGGGUCGUAUGGGGGCUGUAUUCUGCCCCAUUUCCAAUGGUAAAACGUACGUGUUUUUCCCGAUUUCAUAAAUGAACAUUCACAAAAGACAAUCGAAACAAACAAAUAUGGUAAAAAAAAAUAUCCGAACUCAGUAAAAAGUAUAUCAGGAAUGGUGUUAAAAUAUGCUCCAAAAACUGAUUUACUGAAUUUAAAAUAAGUCAAUAUUCAAUAAAUACCUUGCAAAUGAAAAAAAAAAAACCCUGUAAUUUGAAUUUAUGUAGAAAAAUGUUAGAUAUGAUAUUUUCCCAAUAUCAACCAAAUAUCACUGUUUUUCCCAAGUAGAAAGGCCCAGGCCCUUGAUUUCAAACCCCCUGAUAAUAUUUAAUAUAGGAGUAUAAAAUUUGCACAUGCU